AGACGCAGUCACGCAGGCGCAUUCCGGUGUGUGACCUGGCGUGUCCUCCAGCGGCUCUUCUCCUCUGCCAGUGGGUCACUUUAGGACAAAGCUGUCGAAACCAUGGUUUUCGAAGAGAAAAUGAUCAUGAACGGAGAACCCGAUGAGGGUGAAGAGGAAGAGGAGGAAGAAGAAGAGGAUAUGGUGGAUCCCAUUGAGACGGUGCGGCAGACGUGUGAGCAGACGGAGCAUUGUGUCCACACCCGGGAGAGACUGGAGCAGUGCGAGACCAGAGUGGGCUCCCGGUCUGCCACAGAGGAAGACUGUACUGAGGAGCUCUUUGACUUCCUCCAUGCUCGGGACCACUGUGUGUCACACAGCCUUUUCCAUUCUGUUAAAUGAAGUCUGUCCGGAUCAUCUCAGUGGUGCCAGAUGGUAUUUCUCAAUCAUUGAAAUGAUAAGGAGAUGGUGUUAAUGAGCUCGAUGUUGUGGUGCAGUAUGUUGUGACUUAAGGUGUACACUGUAUCUGUUCAUGUGAAUAAAUUGUACAUUACGUAUUGAAAACA